AUGUCGAGUCGAAUGGAACAAGGAGAUGCAAAAGGAAAAUCUGUUCUUGCUGGGGCAGCCGGACAUGAUGGUAGUGUAAAUAAGGGAUAUAAGAAAGGAGUCGCCAUUUUCGACUUUGUUCUUAGAAUAUGCGCACUCGUAGCUGCCAUUGCCUCUACCGCAACUAUGGGCACAACCGAUCAAACUCUUCCAUUUUUCACCCAAUUUUUUCAGUUUCAGGCCAGCUACGACGAUCUUCCAACUUUCCAGUUUUUUGUGGUGGCAAUGGGAAUAGUGUGUGGUUAUUUGGUGCUUUCCAUGCCAUUCUCUAUAGUAUGCAUUGUUAGGCCACAUUCUGCAGCUCCCAGGCUACUCUUAAUCAUACUAGACACUGUUAUUGUUGCCCUGGCCACAUCAGCUGCAAGCUCAGCAGCCGCCAUAGUGUACUUGGCACACGAGGGUAACCCGAGUGCCAACUGGCUGGCGAUAUGCGAUCAAUUCGACGAUUUUUGCCAGAAGGUCAGUGGUGCUGUGGUGGGCUCCUUUAUUGCUGUCGUUGUUCUCAUAUUUCUCGUUAUUUUAUCUGCUGUUGCACUUCGAAAACAUUGA